AUAUAUCUCUGAACUUCAAAAGAAAAAAAAGAAAGAAGAAGGUCUUGUACAAUGUCCAGCGCCAAGAAAAAACACAUUCUCAACACAGUGAGCGUGAAACUAGGCUGCAGGCCAUCACUCAGCGCCUUCUUCCGCCGCAAACUAAGGCAGCGCCACCACCCCCACAACCACAAGUCCUCCUCCUCCAGCUCCUUCAACACCGCCACCACCUUCUCCUCCUCCGCAGUGGACACGCCGCUGCAGUACUCCUCCGACCCGGACUCCGAAAUCAAGAGCCAGCGCGCAGUCCAGGGCUUCGGGAGGCUCGGCGGCCAGAGCGUGGCGGUCGAGAAAGACUCCGACGACCCUUAUCUCGACUUCCGCCGCUCCAUGCUGCAGAUGAUUCUCGAACGAGAGCUCUACUCCAAAGAUGACCUCAAAGAGCUCUUGAACUGCUUCUUGCAGCUCAACUCACCCUACUACCACGGCCUCAUCGUCAGAGCUUUCAAGGAGAUAUGGAGCGCCGCCGCCGUCUGCCCCUCGCCGUCUCCGAACACGCUCGGCGCGUGGACCUCCGGUGACUACUUCUAGCUAGCUAACCCAUUUCAAGAAAGGCAAAGACUGUAUAUUUAGAUACACAGGAACAUUGCCUCUUCAAGAAAUAGGUCAUUUAAUUGCCUUGUGUAUCUUUGAAUUUAGCAAUUAGUAGUAUUUUAUUAUCAGUGCGCAUUGCAUAAUCAAGAUACGCACUGAUGAAAUAAAAUACUAUCACCCUUUAAUUUUACCAAGUAGCAUGAAAUCAACUGAAAUGUAGUUGUGUGUGAUAUUGUUGUUGGUGUAAUGAAUGUAAUCUUGC